GGCUUGUUUGGCGCCACACUUUGCAAGUAGUCGUCAUCGAGUAGCCAAAACCGGCUUUUACAGGCCAUCUACAGGCGUGCACGGCUCUAAACAUGCCCGGCGGUCUCCCUUUAAGGCCGUUUCAAAUCCUCUUUGUUAUUUAAUUGCCAAACUUACCACACUCAUUAUUUUCAUUUUCUUCCUAACCACUUUUAAUCUUAUAAAUGUAUAUCGCUGAUCCCCAGAAGCUUCUUACCGCCGGCCUGUCUGCGCUCGGCCUUCUUGGCGAGACCGUCUCCAAGGGCGAAGUCAUGGACUACGCCAUUGAGAAGUGCCUUGACAAGGAGGGCAACAUCCGCUGCACCAAGCCUUUCCUCGUUGCCGAGGGCGGCUGCUACAACCUCGAGUGGACGACUGACGGCACCCUCUCCCACACUACUGUUGAGGUCCGCGAUGCCGGCAGCAGCGAGAUUGUUUACUACCGCGAUACCAAUGGCCAGUGGAAGCCCGAGAAGAACGAGCUUGUCUACCUUGACUUUAAGCCCAAGGUCUGGAAGACCGGCAACGACACCGUCACUUACAAGGUGACGGAGUGUGAGAGCGAGAACCAGGAUAGCUUGUAAAUCGGCGGGUACAUACACGGAACCGCAUCCUAAUAGAAUAAUAAUAGCACAAGGCUUAUCGUUUUUGGAAACUAGUCCUCCAUGAAAUUUACCUCUGUUGAUUAUUUUUGGAUGGCUUUUGUGAGCUCUCUUGUAGUGGUCGUUGGUUUCAAGUAUAACGGACGCGUAGACCACAGGCAAACUUCGUGAUUCAAAAUGAAUAAUAAAUUGCAUUAAAGUCGGUCGUUAUAUACUCGCUAAAUCAAAUAGAACUGGUCCGAGAAUGCCAAUCCUAAAAUCGAAAUAAUGACUGUUACCAACAGUCUGUCGCACCUGGCUCUUGAAGUCGUACACCUUGAAUGCAAAAAGGGUAUCAUAGUACAUGGUAUCGUUGAAGUAUACGUUGAAUAUAAAUAGAGUUCGUUAUGUUGUUUCGUCAGAUUCACAGAGCCAUGAGUAGGCUGGUCGUGGCAACCAAGGAGAUAAUCAGCCACGGGGCAGAGCCAACACGAUUUCCAGAGCUUUUGCUGGACUUGGUCUGCCCGGCAUCGUUUGGCCUGGCGUUUGUAUUUGUUGGAAAUGAUGGUACUGUGCCCGAUCCGACAGUCUUGAUGGGAGCGGCUGCUGUGAUUGUCGACGAUCCGACAGAGUAUAAAAGAUCCGACUCCUGGCAGUUACCAGUGACCUUGGGAACGGCACUAGGGCCCUUUCCAACGGUGAUAAUAUCGUUAUCACCGCAAUUGGCGGCUUGAGCAACGUGUACCGCUCUGUUUUCCCAGUCAAAGACAAAGUAGCCGGCGCGAAGGAUGGUGUCGCCUAGGAUCUGGUUGUCGUUUGUGAUGACGAGGCCGGCAUAGCAUUCGGUCGGGCUGACAGCCACAAUAAAGUCCUUGAAAGGAACUCGAAUAAUCGUGUUGCCAAAUCCAAAGUCAACACUGCCCUGGGUGUCGAGAAUCGAACAAUCCACUGCGACGCGGUUGGUGACUUGGCGGCCACCAAGAGCCUCGAUAAUGGGUAGGGCAACCUCGCGUCGCAGGCGUGAGAAGCUAGUUCCUGAAUCGAACAUGACCACACUGGAGUUGCCUUGGACUUUAAUGGUCUGUGACUUGGUGCGGGUGACGCCAAAGGAGCUCAUCUGAGCAGACAGGCGGAAUUCGCCCUGGGAGCCGGGAACAAGUGGUAGCCGUUCGAGAGUUCCGACAAACUUGUUGCGAUCAAUGCCACCAUAAAUGAUGGAACCGGUCUUUGACUCCAUAUGUCUCAAGUCAAGGGAGAACACCGCGCUAUUGAUUAAACCUUGUUGUGCCAUGCUGCUGAGAACGAGAUUAUAUGGCUUGCCGGUGAAGCCAUAUUGAAGAUCCGGAGCGAGGCCAAGGAUGCCUUGCGAUUGACCGACACUCUUGGUAACAACGCCAAACGUUUGGUUGGUAAUGCCAGCACUGCCAAAGGAUAAGCUGUCGGAGUAAUAAUCGAUAGAAACAGAGGUGUGCGUAGAGGCAUCAGAUGGGUCGCCGUAUCGUAUCGUCUUGUUGCCAAGGGGGCCUCUAGCUGGUGUUGUAGAUUUAUUAGGGUCGUAGUGACCAUAGGUUUUGCAUAACUUUGAAAGAAUGUCGCUGGUAGCUGUGGAACAGUCUGGAUUGACCCAUAGCUCGCUGGAGCCAGUAUCGACUAAAACCGUAACCUGUUGUGGCGGCGAUCCCAAACCCA